GGGCACUCGACGAAAGUGACAGUGCAGGUCUGUUGCCUGCGUCUGGCGUUAAGGAGUACAGAGUGCGGGGGAAAUUUAGAGAUGCUUUGGGGAAUAGUGGAAUGUUCACGGGUUUUUUUCGAGGGAAUAAGACUUGCAUAGGGUUUGAUCUGCUGGCAUAACGUGUCUGGCCAGUCUGGAUAAGAACCAUCAUGAACAGAAAGCCAUCUGUAAGUCUUUCUGUAUUCAAUUUGGGACAUACCUCCACAUCAAACAUGAUCGCAAUCGUGUCACAACGAUGUCCACAAUUCCUUCCACUCGCAGGCAUAUCACGUGACCAUUCCUUCACCGACUCGUAUAACCUACCCAACCAAUGACACACCUCAGUCGCAUAUCAAAUGCAAGUCCCCAGUCAAACAACCACUCCCACCCUCUCAUCCAAGCAAGCCCCCCUACACUCUCACCUCACCCUUUCCCCUCUUCGUCCACCAAUUCCUACCCUUGCACCCCCUCCCCACCUAUUACCUCACGCCAAAGCAGCACUCGCAGCCCGCACACCCAUGCCGGACCACCCGCCCAUCAUCUAAAAACGGAAGAUCGCCCUUCCCUCUCGCUUACCCCUGUCAUUGCUGACCCACAUUGCCAACCCCCGCCGCGCCCAACCCAACCCAAGCAAGCCGCGCCUCAAGUCCUCGAAAAUCCGCCCGCAGCAUGCGCGCACGCGCAAAAACGCCACGCCCGCAACCCCGUUUCGAAACAUGAAGAAGCGCUUAGGAAGGAAAAAGCAAAGAAAAACCACUUUCGAAGAAGUGUAUUUUAUGGGAUUGUUGCGGUGUACACCCCUCCCCCCUGGUAGUUGAGGCUGGGGCGCAGGGCUAGGCAAGGCCAAGGGGCAAAGGGGGCAAAAAAGGCUGGACCUCACAGGCGCAAAGGGCAAGAAAGAAGAAAAGAAAGAGAAAGAGAAAAAAAAAGCCGAGAGGUGAGGCGGAUGAGGGGACAGCGUCAAGCGAACCAAGAAAAAACGGGCGUUUACCUACGAACAUGAACGAUGGACGGGAUAAAAGCAACAGCAUACUUACUCAUGCACGAAAAAAAAGGUGUGAUCGAAAACUCACGGACACAAGACGCUAGUUACUCUAUCCCUAUCCCCCUUUUUUCUUUACUCUACUAGCUACUAGCUUAAGUAACUAUAGAUUCCAUUUCUUCUUUUUUGCUUUACGGAAAAAAGGAACGUCGGCGAGGCGGGACAGAAUUCGAUCCAAGAAAAAAAAAAUACUACAAGGCUGGUUGGUUGGUG